AUGACCAAAAAAUACUUUCUCUUCUCUUCCUCCCCUUCCAUUGCCACCUUUCAAGCCAAAAAAAUAUUGGUUGGUUCGGGAUGGGGAGAAAGAGAACAUAAGUUUCUCUCUUUAAAAUUUAUUUCUUCAAAAUCCAGAAAUCUGAACUCUCUUCGCAACCCAGAUUCAAUUCUAGGAAAUCAUGAGUUACUACAAUUAGAAUCAACCCCUGUUGGAGUUCCUCCUCCUCAAGGUUAUCCACCGGAAGGAUACUCGAAGGAUGCCUAUCCGCCACCCGGCUACCCGCCUCAAGGUUACCCACCACAAGUCUACCCGCCCCAGGGCUAUCUUCCACAAUACGCUGCUUUGCCGCUGCCUCAAAAUAAAUCUAACAGUAGUGCCAAAUUCAUGGAAGGCUGUUUGGUUGCAUUGCACUGCUGUUCUCUUCUGGAUGCAUGCUUUUAACGAGGAAUGACAUGUGAAGAGGGGAUUUGAUUUAAUUAAACGAGAGGCAAAAUGUUACUGGCUUCCCUUUUCAAUUUCAUGAAUUUAAAUUUUCUUAAUUCUUGUCUAUUUGUGUUUUCAUUGCCCUUUUAAAUAAUUGUGAAGAGGGGAUUUG